CGGAGGGGGGCGGUGCAGCUGGCAGCCACAGGCAAGACACAACCGGAAAUUAGCAAAAGGAAACCUCUCGAAGGGGACUUCAAUUCCUUUUUGUGAGCGCCGACUAAAAGAUUUGUAAUCAUGGUGAAGAUUUUCGUGGGAAAUCUGCCCAGAGCGACAAACGAGGAUGAAAUCAAGGCACUCUUUACCGAGUAUGGCACUGUCACAGAAUGUGCCAUCAUCAAAAACUUUGCCUUCGUCCACAUGGACGACCGCAAGGCUGCCACCAAAGCCAUCAAGAAUCUGCACCUCUACAAGCUCGUCGGCCCCUUCCUCCACCUCCUCCGUCCUCAUACUACGCCCGAGAUCGAAGUCCGCUUAGGAGACCGCCUACCACACCAGUGCCCCCUGCCAGUAACGGCUACUCCUAUGAUCGCUCUGCAUACGGAGUUCCACGUGCAAGGGACCCCUACGCAGAUCGGCUGCCUCCGCCACCGCCUGCACGCUACGCUUAUUAAGCAAGGGCGGCGCAUUUUGAAGGUGAGGAUAGGUCUGAGGAUUGUCGUCCGACUGCGUCGCCGCUCGGCGCCUCCUGAUGCACGUGACUCUAUCCUCUCCCUGUCAGUGGCUGAGCGCGUAACGUUCCCCUGCGAUGCUGACAGGAGGAACCGAAUAGCCGACGUCCACUUUGCUUUUGUACACAUGUCCAACUCUGACGAGGCCAUGGAUGCCAUCAAGGGACUGGACAACACAGAAUUUCAAGGCAAACGCAUCCAUGUCCAGAUUUCCAAGAGUCGUCCCAGACACGAAGAACGGGAUGAUUACCCCCCUCCUCCCCCAGACAGGGGUGGCUAUUGGCCCCCACGCUAUCCAGGAGAGUGGCCCGAGCCUCCUCCACCUGGCUACAUGAGGGGUCGUCUUAGCCACAUACCCCCAGGUUACCCCGCCCCUCCUCUGCCUCCCCCUCCCCCUAGACGAGCAGUUUAUCCAGAUCGCCCUUACGAUGCUGAGAGGGACAGAUAUGGCGUGGUAGAUUACUAUGAGAAGUAUCGAGCCCGUCCGUAUGGCAUGGCCACCUACGACGACCAGCGUCCCGGCGUGCCUCCUCCUCCCCCUCCCCCGUCAGCCGUCGUCCGAGACCGUCUUCCGAACUCGUCGCUCGACCCAUACGAGCGUCGGCCCCUUCCUCCACCUCCUCCGUCCUCAUACUACGCCCGAGAUCGAAGUCCGCUUAGGAGACCGCCUACCACACCAGUGCCCCCUGCCAGUAACGGCUACUCCUAUGAUCGCUCUGCAUACGGAGUUCCACGUGCAAGGGACCCCUACGCAGAUCGGCUGCCUCCGCCACCGCCUGCACGCUACGCUUAUUAAGCAAGGGCGGCGCAUUUUGAAGGAUUGUCGUCCGACUGCGUCGCCGCUCGGCGCCUCCUGAUGCACGUGACUCUAUCCUCUCCCUGUCAGUGGCUGAGCGCGUAACGUUCCCCUGCGAUGCUGACAGGAGGAACCGAAUAGCCGACGUCCACGUCUCUUUCUGUUUUUAUUACUUUGAGGCAAUUUUUACACUCGUAUUUUUCCUCCUGGUUGUUUUAAUAUGUAAUUGUGCUGUAGUACUUUUACUGCUUGCCGUCUGGAGUAGGUGUUUAUUUUUUAUUUUAUUUUUUUUGUACUUUUUUCGUUUGAGUAAUACUGAUGUUGUUUGUGACCUUAGAGAAGCUGAAUGAGUUCAGCAACAGUUUCUAGGCGAUACUUGUGACUGUAGAUUUAACUGAACUUAACUUUGUUUGGUAUAAAAUCUAAUCUGCACGUUGACUCCAUCAUGUAAAACUUUUACACCGCACAACAAACCGCUGUGAAAAACUUAAACUGCUCAAAUGUAGGAGUUCGAUGCAUGCAGGAAGUAACUGUUAACUUACAGAAAAUAAAUGUCAGUCGGAAGUCUC